AUUGCGUAAGCAAAGACGCACGUGUCGGUGGAGUUCAUCCGCACAUCGCUUGCAGCAAGUACACGGCGUACUGAGCCCGCCAGACUUACCAUUAAACCCCACGAAUGCAUCCAACUUACACCGGUUCCGUGACUUCGUUGGCGGCGUCGGCGACGUCGUUCUCCACCACCAGCGGACCAUCGCCAUCGCGGUCACUAUGCUCGCCCACAUUGCCCGCUCGACGUCGCCGCCGUACCCCACACUUCCCAGCUGACUCCACUGCCACUACAUAUCGACAGUGCCAUAUGCUUUUCGCAAGUCGCAAAUCCUUCCGUCCGGACGUCGAACCAUGCAGCCAUGACCACAGCUCCAGCGGCGGCACUCCUGCCUUCUGCGCCGCCAGCACUAACUGCGUUGCGGCGCUCUCCCCCUACGCCGCUGCUGCCAGCUGCCUUCCCAGGGUAUCCCUGGCGCCCUCGUCUAUCGGCGUCAGCAGACGGCUAGCGACAGCUGUGGUGGUCGCAGCAUCAUCAGGCCCCCGAGGCUCCCCAAGCGACGGCGACAGCGACAGUGUACGACAGCAGCAACCACACAGCCAGCAACAGCAGCAGCAAGAAGAACAGCGACAGCAAGCUGACGAGGGGUUGGGAGCGGAAGCCACCGCGGGCGCCGACGCUGACGUCAGAAGCAAUGCUGUCGUACAACCUGGUACGACAGCCGUGUUGGAAGACGCCGCCGCUUCUGGCACCAGGGGUGCAGCUGACGCGGCACGUUCCUCCUCCGCCAAGGCCAACGUUGACGCCGCCGUUGCCAUGGAAGCAGCCGCCUCUGCCGUCGGGACCGAUGUUGUCCGGGCCGCAGAUGGUGGUGGUGGUGGUGGUGAGGGGCAAUCGGAGUAUGUUGAGGAGUACGAAACAGUGUACGAAACGGAGUCAGAGGAACGUGUUGACGGCGACGGUGGCGGCGUCGGGGUCAAAGGCAUCAGCCCAGCUGAGGCGGAGGCGGCGCUGGUGGGCAGCUCGCUGGCGGAGGCGGAGGCGGGUACGACAGCAGCUGGUACGGCAACGUUGAGAAGCGGACAGGAGGCGUUGGUGCCCUCGGCGCCCCCGACCAGCAGCUCCCCUCAUCAACACCACCCCCACCAGCAGUACCCCCACCUCAGCACCACCAGCAGCCCCCCCGCUGCCGGCCUGCCAGCCGGGCCGCUGUGGGCCCACGGCGGUGUGGGCGGCUGGGCGGUGGCCGCCGCACUGCUGCUGGCCAUCCGGCUGAGUCGCCUCACAGCGGAUGCGGAGCGAGCAGACCUGCAGGCGCUGGAGGCCCGGCAGUCGGAGGGUCGGCAGCUGGAUGCGCAGCUGCGGGCGAAGCGGCGAGCCUACCUGGCGGAGCAGCAGCGGCGGCUGGAGGAGGAGGCGGCGCGCAGGGUUGCUGAGGCCAAGGCGCGGCAGGAGGAGGAGGCGCGCGCUACUGCGGAGCGGCAGCGGCAGUGGCAGGAGGAGGCGGCGAGGGAGGCGCAGCGCAUGCAGGAGGCCCAAGCGGCUGCCCGGCGCGUGUACGAGGAGCGGGAGGCCCGGCUGGCGGGGGAGCUGGCGGCGCGGGCGGAGGUGGAACGGAGGCUGCGGGAGGAGGCGGAGGCGCGCAGGAGGGAGGAGGCGGAGGCCAGGAAGCGAGCGGAGGCAGAGGCGGCGCAGCGAGCCGCGGAGCAGAGGGCGGCGGCGGCAGCAGCGGAGGCGGC